GAUUAAUUUUGUGACACCCCGCGCCUUGACAUUUUGCGAUUCGUCUGAUAGCUGCCUUCGCGCCUUCCCGCCUUAUCCCAAUUGCAAGCUGAUUUUGAUGCUGAUGGGUAAGACGAGGCCGAGCUUGCUUUUAGCUUGACGCCAAAACUAGGAGCACGAUGGGCUCGCAGUCCAGCUUACCGGAAAGGCCUGACGGCUCCGACCGGUCCCCGUCACCUCUCUCAGGAAUCGGCGAUGGGUUCGAUGGUCUGCCGAGAAUGUCCUCCACCAUGCCCAACUUCGCAGGAGACGACAUGGAUCUGCCCGACGGGCUACCUCGCUACUCCACGCAGCCAAAACUCGGGAAGAAAAAGAAGAGGAAGAAGAGGAAGUCGCGCACCGAAAACACAUCACCAACAUCAGCAAAUCAAUACGGGGAUCCGCAAGAUGAUGGGAUAACUAGAGGGGACGAAGAACCUCUGAAGUUUGAACGGACGAGUUUCAAUGCACGUCAGGAAGGAGAGAGUGGCUAUGGCGUAAAGGCCGAAGCCCUGGACGACAACCAGACAAAAGCCGAGCCCGGAAAUGCAGAUGCUGAGCUCGAAUCUCCUUCCAGGUCUAGGAAGGGAAGGCGGUCCAGAGCGAGCCAGGCGCAAGCUCCAGGGGAUGAGCUGGACCAGCUUCCAAACGGUCCUCCCGUCUCGAGCCCUGAAUUGGAUCGAGCCCAGAUCGGAGGAGCUGCCAUCUCCUCACCGAGCGGACCAACCUCGUCGCGCAAGAAACAAAAGAAGGACAAGAGGAUCUGGCCCAAGGACAAAGCCCUCGAUCUCCCCGAGGAUCCAAUCGCCGGAUCCGAUGAAGAGCAUAUCAUCCCAUCGAGCGCACCAAGGAAACGCCUCUCGAUUGAAGGCAAUGACGGAGGUAGCAGCAGGAAGAAGAAUAAGCGGGGCCCAAGAUCCGGCUCGAUCGAUCCAGUCGAAGAAUUCGAGUCGGCGCAAAACAUUGGUACAUCCGGUCACGAGGAUGUCAUCGAAAAUACCCAGGGAGGCAACGCUUCCGCGGGUCAAGAUUCCGUUAAUCAAGAGCACGUGACAACUCCUACACGGGGAACGGUACCACCGACGACCAAUGGCGCCGCGCAUUAUAUCGACGACGACGACGUUCGAGAGAAUGGCGAACGCGGAACGCGCGUCUCCCCUUCCGAACUUGGAGACGGCGAGAUCCAGCACGAAACUGGGCAGCCAGAUGCUGAUCUGGACGAGGACGCUAUGGACGUGGAUGAACAGCCUGCUGCGCGUGAGGAGGACCGAGAUAUGCAAGGCAGCAACGGGGACGAUGAAUCUAUACGAUCCGGCGGGGAGGCGCAUGAAGAGGCAUCUGCCAUCGGUGCCCAGGCUAGCCAGAGCAACGGAAGGGUUGGCCUACCCGCUGAUGAGACUGACAACGUAUCAGAGGCCGAUCACAAUAUGGCUGCUCAGGAGAUUUCCGACGCUCAACAACAAACCGACGAUGAUCACGACAUGCUUAACCCAUCAAGCGAUGGGGAGGAUGGGCCUAAUAAGGACUCAUUCUCUAAUGCUAGUGAAGCCAUAGAGGAUAUCGACGGCAGUGAGGCCAGCUCUGUGAGCGGUGUUCAGGAAAUAGUUCAGCAAACUAUCAAAUCCGCCGAGUCUCGAAAAAAAGCCACGAAGUCCCCCGGAAAGGCAAAUAAAGUCCUCCAGGCCGCCGAAAGCGCCGAGGUCUCUGCUGACCGGCAAUUAAGCGAGCCCGAUCAGGCCGAUCUAACCGCAAAUGGACAACACCCACCCGACAGGACGGACAUGGAAAAUGGCACAAAUCAAGAAUCUGGGGAGGAAGAGGCAAGGAUGAACGGCGCACAAAGCGAAGCGUCAUCAAUUGUGGGCGACCCUUCUACCCCCAAUGGUCCACAUGCCAUGCAUAGCCCAUCAACACUUGGGAGCAAGAAGACCCGCAGAUAUGCCAAGCGACAGCCGAAGCCGUCAUUCUUUGCGCGUGAAGCAGAAUCGAAUGCCCGGGCCUUUGCCGAGCUACCUUCGAACGAAAUAGAAACGUCGGCUGGGAAAUCGAGGGCCAAGCGAAGGCUACCAAUUCACGUGGAGGUUGAAGCCGGACCCUCCAGCUCUGCUAGCAACAAGAAGGCGAAGAAGGGCAAGUCGGCCAAGGAUAGCAACACGGAAGGUCAAGGACUGGUGCUGAAUGGCCUCGGAGGAUACCGACGAGGCCCCUUAAUGCCAUCCGAGAUCGCGCAGGUCACCGAAGCCAUCGAGCAAUUCCAAAGCGAGCGCAGGAUGGAGCAGUAUGCCCUUAAUGUCAUGAUCCAUGAAAAUCCCAAACACGGGAGGCCCCUUCAUCGGGAGCUAUGGCAACGGGUCCAGAAUGCCUGCCCAACCCGUCCGCGAAAGAAGCUGAUAAACUGGAGUCGUCUCCAGUUCCACAACUUUGUCGGUCGUGGAAGGUGGACAGCUGAGCAGGACGAAGAACUUCGACAGAUGGUGAAGAUUCACGGCAAGAAGUGGAGUGUUAUCGGCGGCCUCAUCAACCGACACCCGAACGACGCCCGAGACCGCUGGAGGAAUUACCUCGUUUGCAGCGACAACUGGAAGACGAAUAUGUGGUCCGAAGAAGAGUCGACGAAAUUCAUCAGCAUCGUAUCCGAGUCCCUCCGGGUAGCCCAGAACAUGCGAGAGGAGGACCCUCAUAACGAGAGCCUGAGGGUUCUUUCAAACGAGCAGCUGAUUGAUUGGGGGUUCGUCAGCGAGAGCAUGGCCUUCACUCGCAGUCGUCUGCAAUGCCAGGAGAAGUGGAAGCGGAUCCGCGAGAGUGGCAAGCUAGAUAAGAAUUUGGCCUCUCUGCUCCCAUCUGAAUCCUCGUCGCGUAAACGCAAGACCCCUAAGAAGCCCCGCAAGGUGUCUUCCGGGGACGACCAAGUCAGCGACGCGGAGGAGACCGCCACUCCAAACGUCUUGACGUCUCCAUCGACGACCAAGAGGAAGGGCAAGGGUAAGGCCGUGCUACAGCUACCGUCGGUCGACAAGGAAGCGGCCGACGGCUCGGAUUCUGAUGUCGUGCCGGAAUCCGAACCCGAAGAGGAACCGGACCACGAUGGCGACUCCAGCCGCGCGAACCGUAACGAGGAUUCCGACCGGCAGGACCGCUCCCCAUCACCAGAUCAAGAGGGCCCCCAGGAGGAGGAUCAGGAACACGAGCACGCACCGGGCUCAGAGCACCAAGGCUCAGAGCGCGGACGCGACGAGAGAGAAGUCAGCGUCGACCUCUCCAUGAACGUGGACGCAGAUGAACAACAGGACGAGCACGUCCGCAGCCCGGGCGGCAAGUCCGGAAAGGGGAAGGAGAAGCUUAAACGGAUGGGGAAGGGAGACAAGGGCAAAGUCGACACACCCCGCACCGCGGGCAAAUUGCGGGAGAGCCGCAAGAGAUCCCGGGCCGACCGUAGCCCGGAGACGAUCCGGCUCGCGAGGAGGAGCAAGAAGGCCAAGCGGGAUCCCGUGCCUGCGCCCGAGGACGCGAGCGAUAUCAGCAGCAGCAUGGACGAUAUGGAAGAUAUCCCGGCGCGGGUGCGCGUCUCUUCUGAAGGUGGGGACGAGUAAAUCUGGCUGCGUUUGGUUUGGGAGCCGUAUGAGUUUGCGGUUUGCGGGUACGGCAAGUAUGGUCAGGGGUAUUGUGUGUAUAUUUCAUUAGGGGGAUUUGCUUUCGUACUCAUGGAGCUUCGGGGCUGGCCAGGCUGGUCAGAGGGCUUUGUUAGUUUUACCGCAAGGUGACGAUGGGCUUGCGUUAGCUGAUACCCAUCGCCGAUAGGGCGGCUCGCUGUGAGAAGCUCCCGGUCAUGAAGAUAAUCUGGAAGCUUGUACUGAUGCUACCUUGUAUUGGGCUCCUUGUUCCAACAUUGGCAUGACCUUUCUCCUAGCCAAGCCUGCUCAUCUGGGACAAAUCCAAUUGCCACAACCCGCCCAAUUAUAGGCAGCAUCCCAAACCGCGACGCAUACUUCGCCCGGUCUCCCUAUAGC